AUGUUUCUUCCUCUGCGAGCCUCUGAAAAUGAACUCCACUCCCUGUGACUCUGCUGUGACCAUUUAUCACCUGACAACAGACCACCAACUGAAUGCCAAUUGCAACUGCUCCUCUCCCCCUUCCAACUGGACAGCAGAGGGCGACAUCCUGCAGCUGCCGACAUUUACCACAGCAGCCAAAGUCAGGGUGAUCAUUACCUUCAUCCUCUGUGCCACGUCUGCCUUUUGCAACCUGGCUGUGCUUUGGGCAGCGCACGGCGAAGGCAAACGCAAAUCCCAUGUCAGAGUGCUGAUCAUCAACCUGACUGUCGCUGAUCUGCUCGUGACCUUCAUUGUGAUGCCUGUGGAUGCCGUGUGGAACAUCACAGUCCAGUGGCUUGCUGGCGACUUUGCCUGCAGGCUUCUGAUGUUUCUUAAACUGCAGGCCAUGUACUCCUGUGCAUUUGUCACCGUGGUGAUCAGCCUGGACAGGCAGUCAGCUAUUCUCAACCCUCUGGCUAUCAGUAAGGCCCGGAAGAGAAACAAAGUCAUGCUGUCUGUGGCGUGGGCCAUGAGUGUCAUGCUGUCAGUCCCUCAGAUAUUUCUUUUUCACAACGUGACCAUCGUUCACCCCGCGGACUUCACUCAGUGUACGACACGAGGAAGCUUUGCCUCUCGCUGGCAUGAAACGGCCUACAACAUGUUCACCUUUUCCUGCCUGUUCCUGCUGCCGCUGGUCAUCAUGGUCACCUGUUACACGAGGAUCUUGUGGGAGAUCUCCAAUCGACUGAAGACGAACAACUUGCCCUCCAGUGAAGUGCAUUUGCGAUGUUCAAAGAAUAACAUCCCCAGAGCUCGGAUGAGAACAUUAAAAAUGAGCAUCGUAAUAGUCUUGUCUUUUAUCAUCUGCUGGACUCCAUACUAUCUGCUGGGUCUGUGGUACUGGUUCUUUCCUGAUGACCUCGAGGGGAAGGUUUCUCACUCACUGACCCACAUCAUGUUCAUCUUUGGUCUUGUGAACGCCUGCUUGGACCCAGUCAUCUACGGCCUGUUCACCAUUCACUUCCGGAAGGGGCUCCGGAGGUUUUACUGCAACGCUACCAGGGCGUCCGACCUGGAUAACAACACAGUUAUGACCGGAUCUUUCACCUGUGCCGCCAGUUUUUUACCACUGAGACGAGAGAUGAGCCCUGCCAGCCCCGAGGAGUUUGCGCUGUACAGCAAAGGGUGUGUAACGCCAGGCCGCAGCUUUUUAACAGCGAACAAUUUUACAGAAAGGGAUCUAAACCAGUCCUGCAGCAGCAGCAUUAUAUGAGCAGAUUGUGAAAUAUUAUAUAAAAAAACUGUUUUUACUUCUGUUCAUCUAUUUAUUCAUAUGUAUUCAUCGUCAAAUUGUGUGGAUUCUUCUCGUAUUUCAUGUGACGUUUCAAAAUGAAAUGACUUUAUGCUGUAUUUCUGCUCUGUAAAUUGAAAAUUGUUGUCAUCUUGAAUUAAACAUAUUCAGUGAGUGACUAAUGUCCAACAUUCAAACUUAAAAUUACAGCGAGCCCCCGAGGAAAGAAAAAAUCACACAAAUUGCUGUAACUGUAAACAGUGUUUCAAAGCAACGCCAU